AUGACUCGUGCGAUUGUAGCUACACGCUUGCUCUUCAACGGCACCCUCUUCGACGAUCGCACUGGUAGAAGGAUGACCGGCAACCAUAAGUGCGAUGGUUUUGACGUUUUGACUGAGAUAUAUAGCAUAGUCGACGGACAUCCUAUCCUUACGGAUAUCCUCAUUCCGAAGUCACUUCCUGAGGGCUAUCAUUGCCCAGUCAUCGUCCGUCUCCAUGGCGGAUUUCUUCUCAUGGGCGAUCGUGGCUCGGACUGGUUGGCCUCCCAUAUGAUUCAAUUCGCCCUCUCUAAACACGCAAUCCUCAUCUCUGCCGACUAUAGCCUCCUGCCUGAAGCCUCAGGCUCAGACAUGCUCACCGACAUCUGUGUCUCUCUCUGGGAAUGGAUGCUCAACUCAUUCCCCACUAUUGUUUCGAAGGCUCAUCCUGGUGUAACACCGGAUUUGACGAGGAUCAUGGCCACAGGCGAAUCAGCCGGCGGAUACCUCGCGACUCAGCUCGCUCUCGCUCACCCAAGCCCUUCUCCGUCGAGUAACAAACCCGGAAUCACAGCUCUUGUCCUCGCCUAUCCCCUCCUCGACCUUCUCAGUCCAUUCUUCCUUUCUGGGGCUUACUAUUCCAUAUCGAAAUCAUACACAAUCAUCGGGAUCUCUCCUCCACUCUCCACUUUCACCAACCACAUUGCUGCAGUCAAGGCUGGAAGGAAACCAAGUGUCGUCACGAAUGGAAUUGAUCCCGAAUCGGGUACUCAGGAUGAGAGGGUGCAGAUGGGGAUGGCGGCAGUUUUGCACGGUAAAUUGCCGGAGCUGUUAGGAUUGGACAACGAAGACUGUUUCCCGAUCGAACGUAUCGGGCGUAGCGGAACCGCGCGCAACGAUGGGAGUAUCAGGAAGACUGAGAUGUUGCCGAGAAGAGUGUGGAUAUAUCAUGGAAGUACAGAUCACGUUGUGCCUCCAGAGGGAAGUCGGAGGUUUGUGGAUGUUGUGCGGGAGAAUUUGAGUGGGAAGGGGACUGAGGUGAAGUAUUAUGAGGAUAUAGGAGGCGAUCAUGUUUUUGAUGUGGAGAUGACACUGGAUUCAGAGAGCAAUGGGUGGCUGAGGGAGGGAUAUGACUGGGUUGAGGUGGCGUGGUUGGGUUUCGAGUAAAAUUGGG